AGAAACAAACCAAGAAAGAAGAUGAAUGAGUAAGGUUGGAUCCAACAGGAGUGUAGUCAAGGAUGGUAUAAUUCAUGAAUUAUUUUUUCUUGAGCUCAAUUUAAAAAAAGUCAAUGAAGGAAGGCAAAGGUGUAACCAUCUGGUACAUUUAUGAUUCUUAAUGAUUAAUUGAUUGAACUGAUAAAUUUGGAUAUCAUCAGUCAUAGAAAUGGAAGAAUGUGAAGAACCUGAAGAGCCUAUAUCAUUAGGAAGGCAGGAAUAUAGAAGGAGAAGACGACCCAGCCAACCAAUGGUAGAUAAGUCCCAGCAAACUGAAAUAACAGAAAAAAGGAAAGCCAUGGCUUCAGUACAACCUCCUGCCCCUAAAGCUACUCAUAGUAUUGGUAAUAUUCCUGGAAGUAAAGACAACUACUCUCGAAAAGAAUAUGAGUCUCUUAGGCUGUCCUCUCAACUUCAGAAAACUUUGAUGAAGAGAAAGCAUGUCCAGGAUAUGACUGACAAAUCUCUUCAGACAGAACCUAUUGUGGAAGAAAAAGUGGAAGUUAUAUUCAUUGAUAAAACACUUAAACUUGAAGAAAACACAGCUGGUGUUGGAGAAAUAGCUCCUGAAUUGCCACAGAGUAUUCCAGAAGUAGAGAUUCCAACAAGCAGACCCACCAGUCAUUUAAUAGACAGAUCUCAACAGACCAGCUGUACUGGUGACUGGAGCCUGAUAUACAUUUGCCCAAAAGAAAAAGUGGACAAAGAACAACAGACCUACUUUAGUGAGUUAGAAAUUAUUAUCAGGUCUAUUCCAGGUAGCUCCAUGACUAAGUCGAAGGAAGAAACAAUUCCUAUUGCACAAGAAGAUCCUUUGGUUGAAAUAAAUGGUUCUCUUGAAAUAGAGGUACUAUCACCUGAAGAACUUCCUGAUGUCAUGAUGUCUUUCACUGAAGGGGAGAUUUCUGGUGAAUUACAGGCUCUAUCAAAUGGUGAGGCCACAGUUAAAGGAGAGCUCUUCUUGACAGAGGAGAUCCCUAUCCAAGCACCAUCUCCAGCUGAAGAGACCUCUGCAGCUGAGACAGCCACUACAACUGCAAAAGACGUUGUGGAUAUACAGGCUCCACCAGCUGAUAAGCUUUCUUCUGUAGAGGCUCCUGCUGAUAUUAGUCCUACAUUAGUGCAAGGGGCUCUUUCAGACAAGCCUUCUGAUCAACAGUAUCCUCAAGGUACUGAGAUGGCUCCUUCAGAACUUCCUGUUGAAGAUCUGGAUCCAUUCUCAGAAGAGGUGCUUGAGAAAGUUCAAGCUUUAACAACUGACUCUAUGCUUGAAGACUUGGGAAUAGCAGAGUCUACUAUUGCUGAAGAGACAUCUGGUAAAGUUCAACAUCCUCUGUCUGAAGAGACUUCUAAAGAAGUACCUGCUGAAGUUCAUUUUCCGAUAGCUGCAGACUUUGAAGAAAGUGCUAUUUUAAUAAAUGAGAAAUUUGCUACUGAUGAGGUCUUUGAAGAAUAUAAGCCUCCAAUAAUUGAGGAAGUCUCUGCAGAUAAGGCUACUGCAGAAGUUCAGCCUCCAUCAGCAGAGGAUGCUUCUGAAGAAGUGGCUCCUUCAGAAGUUCUGCCUCCAUCAACUGAACAGGGAACUGUAGAAGACCUGACUGCAGAAGUUCUAUCUACACCAACUGAGGAGGGCCCUACAGAAGUUCCACCUCAACCAACUGAAGAGGGGCCUGCAGAAGUUCCACCUCCACUAUCUGAAGAGGGGCCUGCAGAAGUUCCACCUGCACCAGCUGAGGAGGCCCCUGCAGAAGUUCUGCCUCCACCAGCAGAGGAGGCCCCUGCAGAAGUUCCACCUCCACUAACUGAAGAGGGGCCUGCAGAAGUUCCACCUACACUAACUGAAGAGGGGCCUGCAGAAGUUCCACUUGCACCAGCUGAGGAGGUCCCUGCAGAAGUUCUACCUCCACCAGCAGAGGAGGUCCCUGCAGAAGUUCCACCUCCACUAACUGAAGAGGGGCCUGCAGAAGUUCCACCUCCAUUAACUGAAGAGGGCCCUGAAGAAGUUCCACCUUUACCAGCUGAAGAGGCCCCUACAAAAGUGCCACCUUCACCAGCUGAGAAGGGCUCUGCUGAAGUUUCUCCUCCACAAACUGAAGAGGGGCCUGCAGAGGUUCCACCUCCACCAGCUGAGGAGUUCCCUACAGAAGUACCAUCUUCAUCAGCUGAGGAGGGCUCUUCUGAAGUUCCACUUCCACCAACUGCAGAGAGACCUGAAGAAGCUCCACCUCCAGCAACUGAGGAGGCCCCUGUAGAAGUUCUACCUCCAGCAACUGAGGAGGCCCCUGUAGAAGUUCAAUCUCCAGCAGCUGAAGAGGGCCUUGCAGAAGUCCCACCUCCACCAACUGAGGAGAGCCCUACACAUGAUGUUCCCACAGAAGUUCAGGUUCCACAAGCUAAGGAAAGUCCUGGACAGGUCCUACCUUUAUCAGGUGAGUCCACUGCUGAAGAAGCCUCUGCACAAGUUCAGCCUCCAUCCUUUGAGAAGGCUCCUUUAGAAAGUCUUCCUCUAGAAGAAGUUGAGAAGAUCCAUUUAGAUAAUUUACCAUUUGAAGUGCAACCUCUGCCAACUGAGGACAUUGCAAUAGGUGUACCAGCUGAAUCUCAGGCUCUUCCAGCUGAUGAAAAUCCUGCAAGAGAGGACACUGUUGAAACACAGCCUUCAUCAUUUGAGGGUGCUCCAAUAGCAGAAAACCCUAUUGAAGCUCCACUUCCAGCAUCUGAGGCAGAUACUGGAAGAGAGGAUUCUGCUGUUCAUCCUUCGUCAUUAGCUCCUACAGACGAGGCUCCUGCAGAAAUUCAGAUUCUACAAACUGACGAUAUUCCUACAGAAAUGUCACCAGUUGAAAAUCAGCCUCUACCAGCUGAGGAAGGCUUUCCCGAAGUGGUCUCAGAAGAAGAGGCCACUGCAGCUGAAGUUAGGUUUCCUUUAUCUGAGGGGGCUCCUGCACAAGAAGCCACUGUGGAAGCACAAUUAACAUCGGUUGAAGAGAGCCCUAAAAGGGCUUCUGUUGAUGUCCAGCCUUUAUCACCUGAGACCCCUGUAGAAGAGUCUCCUGGUGUUGAUCUGCCUUUAAAAACUAACGAGGUUACUAUGCAAGAGUUUCGUGUGGAAAAGAUGCCUGCUGAAGAUCCACUUCCACCUUCAGAACAAACCCCUGCAGAUCAGGUUCUACUAAAAGAACAUCGAUUGUCCCAGGUAGCAGACAUCUCAGAGAAAGAAUUAGAGUCUACUACUUUGACAAGUGAUAAAAUGUCUGAAGGAAUAGAUUCGGUUCCUGAAGAUGUGUCUGGAACCAAGGAUGAUCAGAUCUCCACUUUCAAAAUAGAAGGUACCAUUAAAAUAGAGUUAAAGAACUGAGCUAUCGUCAGGUGUUAACUUAAACUAAUAAUUUAAUUGGAUUCUAGAAGGUCAUUCUUUAGAAAAUGAGAUGCUAUCUGGAAGAACUCUUAUGAAUACAUUAAAGUAAAAGGAUCCCUAAAACGAUUAAGCAUACAGGUUGGACAAUGAAUAAAAGCAGUCACAAUGU